AAGGACCACACUCCCUCGGUGCCCAAGAGACACCCAAACGGCCAAACCAUUUCUUAGAGGUAGAGCAGGCUAGUUUCAUAGUUUGCGAGAGCUGAGAGGCAGGCAGAGGGAAAGAGAAUGUCUUCUUUACCUCAGCCCACGCUGUACUACCCCAACUCCGUCAUGCACGCGCAGCCGGCCACCGCCGCGUCCAAUGGCUCGUUCGGCCCGGUCUUCGCCGUGCUCGCGGUGAUCUCCUUCCUCGCCGUCGCCGCCUGCGUCGUCGGGCGGCUGUGCGGCCGCCGGCUCUCCAAGAAGAAGUCAGCUGAUCAGGACUUCUACGGCUCCAAUCCCGUCGGCGGCGACCUGGAGAAGGGCUUCGAGAUCAAGUACCCGGCGAUGAAGCCCAUGGCGAGCUCCCGCGCCAUGAUCCAUGACAUCGACGACGGCUUCGAGAUCAAGUUUGCGCCAGGGAAACCUGCAGCCUGGAAGAACGACAACAGGCCUCACAACAAAGGGCAUCAUCAUCAACCCCAGGUUGGCAUGCCGAAAGGCUACGCCGUGCCGAAAGAGUAUGCAGGUUUCAGAUAUCCUGCAGAUGCUGUGGUCAGGCAAGGGCAAAUAAGGGGCGGGACAUUCAUUCCUGCAAAGCCUAGUACAUGACCAUAUAGUAGGUUAGGUUCACAACUCGAUUGAUGUAUCACAUAUGAUACAAUCUCUCAUCAUCCCUGGGCAAUAGCGUUUUCAUCUUCACUCGGGGGCAGUGUGCAAAGUUUGUACUACUAGUUCCAGGUACUUCCAUAUUGUACCUUGUACAUUAACCCAUUAAGCAGUGAAGAAUAUCUCGUUCUCAA